AUGGCUCAUAACUUUGCUCAGGGCGAGUCUCGUUUAAUUAUGACUCUCGGUUCUCCAGUUAAGAAGCCUAAGUCUUCAACUGCCUCAUCAUCAUCCUCUAGUGGUUACUUGGGAUCUUCUUCAGAACAUACUGACGAAUAUCGAUCUCUGGCUGAUGAUCUUCCUAAAUCUUGGGAAUUUACAGAAAUUGGAACCAGUUAUCUCAGUAGUACUGAUCAAGGUAGUCCAAUGAUGAGCCCAGAACGAGAGGAGCCGCACAUUUUUGAUGAUAUCGACGAUUUCUCAAUGGGGCGAACAUCAACUUUUGAGAAGAGCGCAAUUAGUUCGGAUCUCGUUAAUAUAUUAUCGGAGCAAGCACGUCAACAUCACAAAUUGAAGAUGAAAUUACUGAAAGACAAGUUCCGGAAAUCGUCAGAUGCUCACAAAACGAAAAUGAUCAUGAUGGAAAAAGAGCAUGAAAUGAAAAAAAAGGAACAUGAAAGAAAAAUGGAAAUCUUGAUGCAGAAAUACAAGUCGAUCAAGGAUGGAAUGGAGGAAUGAGUUGUUUAGUCUAAGUGGGAAAUGGAUCGAAGUCUGUAAUAUUGAUUUUGUAUUGAUUGUUUCAGUUUUGAUCGAUAACAAGAAACAUUUUCACUUUUACAUUGAACUUUUGAUUGACAUUUUCAAUUCUGAAUCGAUGUCCUUAAAUUGUUUCAACUGUUCAAUUUCAUUUGGAUAUCAUAGUUUGUGAUUGUAACAUUGAUUCUGAUGUCUCAUGGAACAUUUCAAUCUUGAUAAAAUAACUUGAUUUAUUUUCUGAAUGUGGACUGAAACAGUGGAAGAAAUAUUUUUAAUCAAUAUUCCGAUCAAUAUUUCCUGUUUUGAUACGAGAUUCAAUUCCAUUUAGACAUCCUUUUUUGUAACAUCAACUUGAUGUUUGGAUUGGAAUAUUUGAAUCUCGAACCUAUCUCGACUUGAUUUGUUUCUGAUCAUGAUCUGCAAUAUAGAAGAAGUGUUUUUAGUUUUUAGCACCAAUUUUAAAUCAAUAUGAAUUUUUAUUCUGAUGUUCGAAUUGAAACAACUCAAUCGAGAACGAUUUAUUUCUGAAAAUGGCUUCAACAUAGAACAUUGAAAAGUGUUUUAAAGUUUUUAGCACCAAUUUUAAAUCAAUAUGAAUUUUCAUUCUGAUGUUCGAAUUGAAGCAACUCAAUCGAGAAUGAUUUAUUUCUGAAAAUGGCCUUAACAUAGAACAUUGGAAAAACUUUUUUAAUUUUUAAAAUUUUUAAUUUUCGAUCGAGUUUUAAAUAGAUUUGAAUACUAAAUUGAGUUGAACUUUC